UACAUCCGAAAGCUGGCGCGUGGCGAAUGAGUAGUAUAGAUAAAUGUCUAAAUGACAGCAAAUUUGUGUUUAAAAAACAAAAAUUAUUACUAAUUUUUACAUUUAUCUGAGUAAUCUCAGUAAAAUAUUGUACAAUAAUAUAAGCAUAUUAAAAUAAUGUAAAAUUAUAAUCAAUAUGACGCAAAUGUAACGAAUCUUACUUUCCUACUUUUUAUGCAUCAGAAAAUUGUGUUGCAACCCUACCACCAUUUCGAAAUUUAGCACUUGGAAUAAGUUUUAAUUUUCAACUAUUUAUUACCACGCCCUGACAAGUUGUUCAUAUUUAGCGCUUAUUGUAUUUUUUAUGCACUAUGCCAUCAUUAGUGCUUAUAAGAUCAGGAGCGGUUCUUUCCAUAGUGUUACUUUUGCUAUUACAAAAUGUAUACAGAUCGGUAGGCGCUAUUAACCAUUGGAUCCUCCAGGAUGAUGGACGCAUUACACAAAAAAUAGACUCUCCAUUUUUGUUGCGUGAACCACAUAAUCUUGUAACAUUUCUGGAUCAAAUACAACACAAUGAGUACGUGGAGCAGUCUUAUUUAAAAUUGAGAAGACAACGCGAGUUAAUUGCAGAACAUUUACGUUAUUCCAAACAAUUCAGUGAGGAUUUGGUUUUGCAGGCGGAACGUCUGCAGCCACAUUUAGGCGCACAAACACAACCAAUGCAAAAUUUGAUAAACUCGUUGGAAGCGCUUACUAAGCAAACAGCAAAAAUGUAUAGCUACUUGGAGUUCGUCAAAGAUGAAUUGAAAGAGUUUAGGAAGCUGAAAACACAAAUUACCCAACAUCAUGAAAAAUUGAUACAACAGCAGGUGCCUCUUGCGUCACGUCAAUUAGAUGCGAAGGUAAAUAAUGAGGAUCUACUAAAACGAGGGCAAUACUGUAGUACUCGGACUUUGUCGAGAACAGAAGAUCCAGUUUUAUUUUGUGAUUUUUACUCCGAUAUGCAAAUGCGUUUAGAUGGUAAGGAUGUGGACCCUGAAACAUUAGAGCGUGAUUGGCAGCUGACAAGCGAAUCUGUGCUAAAUCAAGUGACUAAUUUGAAUGUGCAACAACGCAUGAAUUUGGAACAAAUAAAAGCUAUGCGAGCUAAGAAAGCGGCUGCCGUGGCAAGUGCCAAAAGUAAGAAAGUGACGCAGGUUUCGUCAGCAACUGGCGAUAUUCCCGAUACUAAAAGUAAUGAUACAUAAGUAAAAAAGUCGUAAUC